CAAAAAGAGAAGAGAAAACCCAUUUCCUUUCCUUUCCCCACUUCAGCUCUGUGUCUCAGUCCUUUUAAAAGGGGGAUCGAGUCUCAUGACUCUCGACUCUCAACUCUCACCAGUCAUCAGAUACAUAAAAUUCGUAACUCCACAUCGAUCAGCUCUCCUCGGACAUUCUUUCUCUCUCCUGGGUUUGGAGAAAGAUCAGAAAUUAAAAAAGAUUAUAAACCGAUGGAUCUCCAUCUCCAAGGAGGGUUCUACAGAUGGUCAGUCGUAGUGAUGAGCCUCUUCGUGUCCGUCCUUGUGGUGGUGGAGCCCCACCACGCUGUGGCCUCCAGUCGUCGCGCCACCUUCACUCUGUUCAGCGGUGCGCCACCAGAUCCUCCUAUUGUUGGGUUGUGCGAGUCUUCCAUUAUCAUACAUGGUUACCAGUGCCAGGAGUUCUAUGUGAAAACGGAAGAUGGGUAUGUGCUUAACAUGCAAAGAAUCCCCAGGGGACGUUCAGGUAGUGGAUUAUUGAACAAUAUGAAACAACCAGUCUUACUGCAACACGGUGUACUCGUGGAUGGGAUGACAUGGGUGCUGAACACUCCAGAACAAGCCUUGCCGUUCAUCUUGGCAGAUAGUGGGUUCGACGUAUGGAUUGCCAACACCAGAGGGACCAGAUUUAGCCGUUCUCAUCUUACUCUUGAUGCAUCCCAACGGGCAUACUGGAAUUGGUCUUGGGAUGAGCUUGUGGAGUACGAUCUUCCUGCUACAAUUGACUUCUUGUACCGUCAAACAGGCCAGAAGAUCCAUUACGUGGGCCACUCCAUGGGGACCUUGAUAGCUCUGGCAUCGUUUUCAGAAGGGAAGUUGGUGGACAAAUUGAAAUCCGCUGCCUUGCUUAGCCCUGUUGCCUACUUGAGCCAUAUGACCACUGCUAUUGGCGUACUUGCGGCCAGAUCAUUUGUAGGAGAGAUGACCAAACUGAUGGGUGUUGCAGAGUUCAACCCAAAAGGGAAAGAAGUUGCCAACUUACUCCAUUCACUCUGCAUGAAUCCUAGUGUGGACUGUUAUGAUCUAAUGACCUCAUUCACAGGUAAAAAUUGCUGCCUCAAUGUCUCCACGGUUGAUCUCUUCUUGAAGAAUGAGCCUCAGUCCACCUCCACCAAGAACAUGGUGCAUCUCGCUCAAACUGCCAGAAAAGGGUUGGUGUCAAAGUACGAUUAUGAGAAGAAAGAUGUGAACAUGGAGCACUACGGGCAAGGGACGCCGCCCAUAUAUAACCUCUCCAACGUCCCAAGAGACCUUCCUUUGUUCCUCAGCUACGGAGGACGAGAUGCCCUCUCCGACGUUGGUGACGUGGAGUUGUUGCUGGACAGCCUUAAGUUCCACAACGGGGACAAACUCACCACUCUGUUCCUCAAGGAUUAUGCUCACGCUGAUUUCAUCAUGGCCGUCAACGCCAAAGAGAUGGUCUACAAUGCCCUUAUUGCCUUCUUCAGACGCCACUGAUAUCCAUCAUUACACCAAGAAACAAAAACAAGGAAGAGAACUUAUAUGUAGUCCUGUGUCUUAUGAUGGGAAAAAAUAUACCCCAAAAAAAAAAAAGUCUACUGAUGGGAAUUUCCUAGACUCCCAAGCUUGAUCCUUGAGGAGCCAAUUCAAGAUUUGGGCUGGUUUUGACAA